GUACGUGGAAGCUGGCCGGUAACCGAAUUGGGAAGUUGCAUGCAUGUACCCACGUCUCCUGCCACGUUCCCUCCAUGCAUGCACCCCACUACGAGUACUCCAUUCACCUUCUUCUUCUUCGUUGUAAGUAUAUAAAUACCCCUCCCCGCCGGCCAUCUUUCACAAUUAUAUAUAUAUAUAUAUCUCCGACCGACGACAACCUCCUCCUGUAUAUUCAUAACUUCUCUCCCCGGUUUAAUUAUUUCUAGUACAUACAGUUCAUCCUAUAUAUCGCAGCUAGUAUAUAUAACAUCAUGCCGGGCCUCACCAUUGGAGACGAGAUCCCAAACCUCCGCGUGGAAACCACACACGGCACGAUCAAUCUCCACGACUACGUCGGCGAAUGCUACGUCAUCCUCUUCUCCCACCCGGGGGAUUUCACGCCGGUGUGCACGACGGAGCUGGGGAUGAUGGCGGCAUACGCCGGCAGGUUCGCGGAACGCGGGGUGAAGCUCAUCGGGCUGUCGUGCGACGACGUGGAGUCCCACAAGAAGUGGAUCAAGGACAUCGAGUCCUACAACGGCGGCCACAAGGUCAACUACCCUAUCAUUGCAGACCCCGACAGGAAACUCAUCAAGCAACUCAACAUGGUCGAUCCCGACGAGAAGGACCCCUCCGGUAACAGCGUCCCUUCUCGCGCUCUCCACAUUGUUGGUCCCGACAAGAAGAUAAAGCUGAGCUUUUUGUACCCGGGGAGCACGGGAAGAAACAUGGACGAAGUGGUGAGGGUGUUGGAGUCCCUGAAAAGGGCGGCAGAGAAAAAGAUUGCCACCCCGGUGAACUGGAAACCGGGGGAUGCUGUGGUCAUUGCACCCUCCGUCUCAAGUGACGAAGCCAAGAAGAUGUUUCCGCAGGGUUUCACCACCGCCGAGCUUCCCUCCGGCAAGGACUAUCUCCGCUUUGUUGAAGGCGUUUAAAUUAAUUAACUAAUUAUGCAUAUAGUAUAUCUUGUGUACGCCAAUUAAGUACCUAGCUAGUAAAAUGCCAUGCAUGUAUGUCUGCCUAGCCUGUAUACAU